GCUGGGGUGGGGUUCACAGUAGAUGAUAUGAAAGUUCACCUGUGCCAGUUACGGACAAUCACUGAUCCAGAGGUCGGUCCCAUGCACUGAUUAGUUACUGACAUGUGGAUCUUACCUUUAUCAUCAAUUGAAUGGGGAGGCUUGUUCGUUAUGCGUGCAGUGUUUGAGUUUUAUGUGUGUUACUAACUAAAGGCUCUUUCAGUGCUACUACCUUGUAAAGUGUUGCCCUUGAGGAGAAACCGUGUUCCAUUGGAAGACUAUGAAUGAGAGGAAAUACAUGUGUACUGUCGCUUACUCCAAAUUUCCCGCAAAGCAAGAAUUUAGUUAUUUUUGGCGUUAGAAAUUAAAAACGAAAUAAGCAAAUGUGGUUAUUAAUUGUUGUGUAAGACAUAGUUAGUAACAAGAAUGGUUAGCGAACCUGAGACAAUAGGGAAAGUGACUUAGUAAUGCUUCCAUUCGAAUUAAUUCCUGUACAUUGAAUAUGUAUGAAUUUAGAAACUUUCAGGAUUUGUAAAUAUCCAACACAAAUUCCUUUGUGGUUAUCGGUACAUGGAGUGAAAUUAAACUUCGAAUGUUGAAGUAUCUGAAAUGCCUUAUGGGCGUAACAGUCGAUUAGCUUGGAUCAUCGUUGACGUUCUGAAACGGUUUGAAGCUGCCCAGAAUGGUUUAAAAGUGAUUAGAAACAGGCCCAGUUUUAUAACCAGAAUCCAUAUCGGAAGAGACAAGAACUGAGAGAUUGUUAUGAUAUAAAUGCCUGAAGUUAACUUUUGAAAGCACACAUAUAUGGUAGAUAUAUCUAGGAGUUUUGUAUAUAUAUAUAUAAAAUUUGUCAUAAGUACAAGACAUUUUCUACAUGCGUUAUCUCGUUUCUGAAACUCCAAUGACUGCAUUUUUUACAUUAUUUUAGAAGCUUAUAAUAUAACGUAUAUAUACUUUUGUAUGUUACGACUUUCCUAAGGGUACAGUGAUGUUACGAACCAGAUGAUCAGCUGUUGGACAGUUAACACUGUCUUCGCCAGCUGUAACUUGUUUCCUACGUGAUUCAUCAUUCCAGAACUCUGAACUUUCACCAGAUUAUCUUAAUGGUAUAUGUUUAUGGCGAUAAACAAUAAUUAUUUUCAUGAAUAUUAUUACUCAACUAACUAUCUUUGUCAUGGAGGCGCGGUGUGUUUUCUCGGGGGCAGCAACCAAGUUUAUUAAAUAUCGUUUAGACUAGUUUCAUAGCGUAGGGUUCAGUCCGUCAAAGAAGGUGUGGAAGAAGGUGGUGAAUAUAUCUCGUAGUCCAAAGAAAGAUAAGAAUGAACGCAAAUAAGAAAGGCGGUGGUGCAGGGAACAAAGGGACUGGCGGAGACGACAAGUCCUCUGGAGGCGGCAAGGAUGACUCCGGCAACGGAGGAGAGAAGGCCAAUACUGGGGGCGACACGGAGAGCUUGUCCGGAAAGAAACCAGGCAGCGCGGGGGCCUCCACGAGGGAGGCUGCCCUUAGAGUCCUCCAGCUAUCCCAGAAGGGUGAGUGGCCUCCUGUGGAUCAGGCCCUCAAAGCCCUGGAGAAGAUUGUUGCAGCUGGGGGAGAGGAAACCAACACUACACCCCUGCUAGGGGUCGUGGACCCGGUGACUGGGAUGACCCCACUGAUGUACGCUGUGAAAGACAACAGGGCCGCGCUACUGGACAGAAUGGUCGAGCUGGGAGGGGACGUGUGUGCAAGAAACAAUGAUAACUACAACGCUCUUCACAUCGCCGCGAUGCAUUCCAGGGAAGACAUCGUGAAGAUCCUGCUGUCCAAGAAGGGCGUCGACCCGUUCGCGUCCGGGGGGCCCAGAAUGCAGACGGCAGUGCACCUGGUGGCUAGCAGGCAGACCGGGACGGCCACAAGUAUCCUGAGGCUACUCCUCAACACGGCCGGCAAGGACAUUCGCCUAAAACCCGACUCGGUAAGAGGCACGACAGACAGUUUCACUGAACUGCUCCAA